AUGUUGUUCGUUCUCUUAGGAUUGUGCUUCCUAGUAGUGAACGCCAGCGUUGAAUAUCCUGAAGCACUCAAAAAAUGUCUCACCUAUGAAGCGCUGAGUAAGUGGUAUAUGGAUUUGCAUGGAAUGUACAAUCCCAAUCUGGACUGGAGCAACGAACUGUCGUAUGAAGCUUGCUAUGACCUAGUGGGUUUGGAGCCCAACAAUAUCUACGUUAGGUUGGAUCCAAAGGUA